AUGCCAAAACGCAUUCCAACUCCACCGCCUGCAGAUGACGAGCCCCGAUAUCUCUCUGUGGUCCAUCCCUACGCCAUGUAUGGUCACAGCAAUAUGGAACUCCCAAAGGACAGGCAGGACUUUGCCCGCUGGGUAGCUUGUUGCAUCGACAAGGAUUCUUUUUACGCGUUCUUUCACAAACCUUCUGCAAGGGAUAUGGUCAUCAUUGAAGUAGCACGCGACUAUCAACACUUUGAUCGCAUUCUUGGCGAACAUCGCUGGUCUGAAUUUCUCGUCAAUCCCACCGGAGAGUUGCAAGAUCAAAUUACCAGAGUUUACUACUGUACAUAUAGCACCGGUAGACAGGUCCAGAAAUAUGGCUGGAAACGCGUCUUUGUUGAGGAAGACUGGUUCAAAAGCUGGUCUCCAAGGAAUAGUCUCAUUAACUACCCCUACCCCUCUCCCCGGUUCUGUGACACUCCAGUUGAAGAUCGCACCAAUGAACCACUUUGUCGUCCUUUACCUGGUGCCAUAGUAACUCCACCUCCAGAACUCAUCCAGAUCCCGACUCCAGUCGUAGGCUCCGAGCAGUGGAUCGCUACUAAGGACAUCCCAGCGCCUAUCGCUGCCCCCAAGCCCAAGCUGAGUGCCUGGGGAAGGGGAGCGCCCAAAUCUGUCAUUGCUACGAACAUUAAGCCUACUCCAAUAGUAAGGAAAAGCCCUGCAGUUGGUGGCGGGCCCAUCAGUAUCAAGGCGACGAAUGUGUCUGAAGCAGGCAAUCUUAAUCAGUUGCGUGCCUUGAUUCGUUCCUUACGCAUCACAUAUAUGUUCUCUGCAAAUCAAGCCACCCGCGGUAGACCCAGUGCCUCUCCACGUUCAGCAACCAGUAGCAAAUUGGACUCCCCCCAUAACAUGAACACUAGCCCAGCUACACCUGUCAAUGGAUGGGACUCGCCUACAGGGAGCGCACCCUCUCCAGCCCCUUCCUCUGCCUCGCGCACUUCUGGUGCUCGAACCAAAGCACCAGCAUCAGCAUGGGGCAAGCCUCCCUCAGACACACCCUCCGCUUGGGCAACAGGUCCCCCUGGUCUUCCUCCCCGAAAUGCGAGUGCAGGCCCAGUCUCUAAUGCACCUACUCCUCCUCCCGCCUUAGAUCGCGUAGUAUCGAACUCCACGUCCGCGUCAGAUUCGGUGUCGACAUCUGACUCGGUAGACUUCAUCACAACGCCCGAGCCAGACGAAUAUUAUAAAUGGCGCGGAAUUGGGGGGUACGGCUCGCAUGAGAUUCAUGAAGCAAUGGAGGAUCUAGGGAUCGAGGACCCUGAGAACAUCGAUCGCGAUGCUCUCGCUCCAUCUUACCACAAAGAAGACGAAGACGGUUUUCAAGGAGGCUUUGCCGGACCUGAGUCAGUGUCUGCUGACCAGGACGUGCAUUGGGACGACAAUCUGUGGGGCGACGACGCGCAAGAGAAGAAGCCUGCGGUGAUACUGUGCUCUGCUCAUGGCGUCAUAUGCAAGAAGGGAAUCUGUCUCGAAUAUGCGAAGCAACUUCGUGAAGCCGAACGGGCCAAGAAGAUAAAAGAGCGUGAGGCGGGGGCUGCAAAGGGCAAGGGCAAGCGUGGAAAGGCUGACCGCGGGAAUGCCAAGGGCAGAGAAAGAGACGAGGAUUGGGAAAGGGGAUCGUUGCGUUCACGCGCAGUAUCGGUUGCGAAGAAUACUACUGAUGAUGGAAGCAGUGUCAGUGGUUUCGAGAGUGGAUGGGGCGGAGGCGCGGGACGUGGGGGAGCCCCACGCGGAAAUGCGUUCAAAGGUAAGGGAGCGCCCGUCAGGACUAAUUGGAAGGGUGCGGCGAAACCUGGUCUCGCUCCUCCGCCUCCUCCGCCUCCAGCCCCAGCUCCAGCUAUAAAAAGCAAAAAGAGAAACGAAGAGGACAGCUGGGGACCGCCCGUUGACGACUGGAACGACCCUUUGGAUGAUGAUGACGCCCCUUCUGUGUUGAACCUGCAACCUACUGGUACACAGCCUACGAGCUGGGCAGACGAGGUCGAAAGGGAUUUCAGUGGCGGAAAUGGCUAUUCUGCAGCGAACAAUAAGAAAGGACGAGGAAGGGGUAGGACUCGUGCUGGAAGUGAUGCGAGAAGUGUAGCGCAGAGUACAACAAGUGGAUGGGGAACGAUUUCGGAGGGACCUUGCUUUCGCUCUACUUCUUUGCUGUCGAGUGCAGCCAAGGUUCAAGGAGAAAAAACUACAGCUAAAGUUCUCAGGAUGAAACUCUGGGAAGGCGUAUCAACUGUACUGGCGUUUAGGAUAAUUCCAACCACAGUGCUUCUGUUCGUCGUCUAUGCUGCAGUGUUUAGCACCGUACUUAUAACGGACGAGCUUCCUGAAGUUCCUAAAACUACAGGGGGACUUGACUUGGACCAAGCAUAUGCAGAUCUUCAGCAGAUAACCACACGCCCUCAUCCGUAUAAUUCGCAUUCAAAUGAUCUUGUUCACUCCUACAUUCUCUCUCGUCUUCAAUCCGUUGCCUCCCAAUAUCCACAUGUCAGUGUAUGCGAUGAUGUAGUCUCGAAUGCUUCGUGGGGUGGUGGGCUGUUGUCCACCCGUCCGUAUGGAGUCUAUUUCGAAGGAAUCAACAUUUUGGUCAAGAUUGAUGGCACGGAAUCGGAGUACUCAGACAAAGGGGGUGUUCUGUUUUCUGCUCAUUAUGACUCGGUAUCUACAGCACCAGGGGCUACAGACGAUGGGAUGGGAGUGGUUACAUUAAUCCAAAUGGUGGAAUAUCUUUCCAAGGCGAGGCCAAAGAGGACUGUUAUUUUCAACAUCAACAAUGGCGAGGAAGAUGGUCUAAAUGGGGCUCAUGCGUUUAUGAAGCACCCGUGGUCAAAUAUCACGGACGUUUUCUUGAACCUUGAAGGAGCAGCUGCCGGAGGUCGUCCGCUUUUAUUUCGUGCUACUUCUUCGGCUCCUUUGCGAUCGUUCUCAAAUGCAUAUGUCCCCCAUCCUCACGCCAAUGUUCUUUCUGCAGAUGCUUUUGCUCGCGGUGUCAUUCGAUCCUCUACAGACUACUCUGUGUAUGAAGAAGGUGGUAUGGACGGGCUCGAUUUCUCCUUCUAUAGGGGACGAAGCCGAUAUCACACAAAAUAUGAUUCUAUACCUGGCAUGGCAGGGGGUGUAAAAGCUUUAUGGGCAAUGAUGGAGGCAACGAAAGGAGCAGGUGAAGCAUUGGCAAAUGAAGACAAUACACACGCAACUGGGGCAGGCGAGCAAGGAGAUAAACCAGUUUAUCUUGAUCUAUUUGGUGCUGCUUUGAUCAUUCUAUCUCGCCAAGUUCUCUUUAUCACCAAUGUCAUUCUCUUGGUCGUUGGUCCCGUGCUGUUGCUUCUGCUAAAGUACUCCGAACAUAUCAUCAGACUCAGUCGACGUUUACGUCACAGGGAAGGCCGUCCUACAAAUGGGGAUGUGUCUGGUGACGAAAUCUCGAGUGGACCACGUAGAGGGUUCAGAGAACAUCGUGGCUGGUUUAAAGGUCUAUGGACACGGGCGAAAUUUUGGGUGGCUAUUAUUGUCGGAGUGGGCCUUCAAAUUUUGCUCGUUCUAGGAUAUGUGAAGUUAAAUCCUUUUCAAUACACCGUAGCUGAACCGGAGCAACAGAAGCUGUCGAUAUUAUUGCAGACCUACAUACUCACGUGGAUCUUGCUCGUGUUCUCGACAAUCAUCUUGCGCAGCAGUGGGUUAGGUGGGCUGUACUUCAUUACCGCCUGGAAUGCAGUGGUCCUCUUGGGCAGUGUUCUAGCCUGUGUAGAAGGCAUGACUGGUGCAAGAGGUUUCGAGGCUGGAGACUCUCAAGGAGAUCUGGACGGUCAAGAUUCUCGAAGGCUUGUUAGAGGUGUUCGAUAUCAGGCUGUUGACUUUGGCGAUGAACCUACUGAGGACGAGGGAGUAAUCGAAGAGACGGCACCUACAGAAAUCACUCCACUCAUCCAACAACAACGAUCGCCGUCCCAAUCGCAAUCCGAACUCCCACGACUUAUUGAUGAACGAGAGCAAGUUUACGCAUGUUGCUCAAUUUUGGCGCUGUUGGUUAUCCUUCCUCUUGCACCAUUCGGUAUCAACGCCCAUCGUUCGCUUACAAUCCUAAUACUUCUUAUCUUCAUCGUGUCCACCGCUUAUAACUGGUUAGAGUUUCCCUUCUCUCAAGAAGCACCCUUGAAGGUGUACUUCUAUCAGAAUGUUAGCCUGGAUACCUUGGGAUCGGGAGUAGAACGUGUUGUUACCACACUCACAGGGCCGGAGGGCUAUCUAGUUGGUGAUAUCAUCCCUCUACUUCCAUCUUCAGCAGGCAGACAUGUGGAAUGUCGAGACUCCGUGGGGAAACUUGGGCUACAGGAGUGCAUGUGGGAAGUAGGAAAGGAUGAUGAAGACGCAUGGGUGCCAUCACCUGGAAGCUUACCGCACCAUGAGUCAAACCACGAGACUCCCUGGGUGUCCGGGUCGGUAAAGAGGAUAGGCAGCAACAAAGCGCAGUUCAUAGUCUCAGGAAGAAACACGAGGUCUUGCACUAUCCAGUUCGAAAAUCGACGCGUCACCAGCUUUAGCAUCGUGGACGACGAAGACGAAGCUGGUAAAUUCGAAUACCGCAGUGAGUCAAGUGGAUUGGAACGCAUACAACUGUGGAGUCGUGAUUGGGGCAAGGAAUUUGUUGUUGAGGUCGAGUGGAUAGAUCCAGACAACAGUUAUGUAGCUGCGGGCGAUUUUUCGGGUUCAGAGGUUGAGGUGACGGGAAGGAUCAGCUGUGGCUGGGCAGAGUAUGAAAGUGCCACCGUUGGAGGCGGAAACUCCGGUGGUAAGAUCCCCUCUCUGGAGGAGCUAUUGAUGUUUUUGCCGGAGUGGGCCGUAGUAAGUAAGGCGAGUGCGGCUCUAUUUGAAGCUGGAAUCCCAUUCGUGGUAUGACGCACAUGCUUGCGAGACCAAGGAACCGAGGUAAAGGUGUCCGUGACGCUACAGUGCUAUUUAUAUCUCUCCGGUCAAUGUAUAUUAUUGUCAUGAUUGUCAUGAGCACAUGUAUAACAUAUUUUUCUUAUGUCAACUCGACAGAAAGGCUGUCUUCACACAAGCGCAAACACUAUGAUGUAUAUUAUUAUGGAUGCAGUGGCAUCCUUGCCUUAGGCUUCAU